AGCAAACCUCCUUCUCUCAAUCAAAAACACACACAAUACAAGUACCUGCUGAACCACAGAGUCUGUUUAUGCACACACUCCUCGUUCGCUUUAUCAGACUCAAACAGAGGCAGAUUCUGUGUAACAUUUUGCUUAAAAGCAUCUGGGGUGAAACAUCGUAGCCUACUUUUUUUCCCUCAAGCUUGUUUCCCUCCUCCAGCAGCAACAGCCGCCCGAAUCUCAGAACACCCGGGAACAACUGAGAGACAUGGGAUUGGACACAUUUUUGUGGGAAUGACUCAAGCCAAACUUGCAUCUGAUUCUUAAUCACUCUUCAGUCGUGGGAUAUAAUGCCAGAUUACUCAAGAUGACGGAGCUGAAUUAUGCUUUCAUAAGUGGAAACAGGAAGGAAGUGGAUAAAACUUUGGACUGGAGUUAUAUAGACUGGCAUGACAAGAAAAUGGUAAAAGGGACGGAUGCUCAGACCCAAACCCAACACGUACAAAGCAAGGACAUAGACACACAAACGACUAAUCCUUGUACAAUGCGAAUAAAUUUAGAAAGCACGUCAUCAGGCAUGAAAUUAGGUUCUGUGACAAUGUCAAAUUGCACGUCUGGAGACUUAAUUACUCAGGAGAUUCACAAACAUUCCCCGGCUCCCAUCUCCCCAUCCCAGACUCUGAGGAGGAUGCCCUUGCCGUUACACACUCCGAAUUUUCACAGACAUUCCCCGGCCUGCUGCUCCACAUCCCCGGCUUUAUGGAGGUCGUCCGGGAUGUCAAACUCUGUGGAUUUUCACAGACAUUCCCCAACCCGCAUCUCCACAUCACCGACUCUGAGGAGGAUGAGGAGCACCAGAAUCUACAACCGGGACACCUGCAAUACGGCCAAGCCUUUAAGAGAGGAGUCGUCAACACCGAUGAGUCCACAUUCUUCAUUUUUUCGAGAAAAAUCUCCACUGGCUGUGGAUGGAGAGAACAAGAGCCUUGAGUCUUCAGUGAGUCACGGGACAGUUCGUACACACAGAUCACAGACUCUUGACAAUGGUGUCAUCUGCAAAAGCAAAGAGUCUUGUGAUUCAAAAAAGCCUGUUUCUGACAAAGAGAGCACCUCUGAUGACAAUGAGCAGGUCAAGGAUCCAUGUCAUAAAAGGCUGAAGGAGAGGAGGCGGAGCUCUGUGGUUGUCAGUCUUCCUGGAUUGGAUGUUUCCCCUGGAGAUUUGUUUGUGUCCAAUGGUGCAGCUGAUAUGUUGAAUAAAUCUGACUAUUCAGAAAAAAAAUCCAAGUGGCCUUUCUCAAGACGUAGUACACAGACAAAAGUGAAAACUCGCAGUGGAGCUGACAUUGACAAGUGUCUGGCUUCCGUUCAGGUCCACGAAUGGAGAGACACAGACUUUCAGACAUUAAAGGAAAUGUCUUUAGUGGACUUUUUGCGAGGUCGCUCUGAGCUGAAAGCAGCACAGCAUCCGAUGAUAUACAAAACACAGGAGGCCAUUUGGGAGCUUUUCACCAGCGAAUGCGUCUAUUUCCUCGAUCAGCUCAUGGUUUUAAAAGAGGUGUUUUUGACCACACUAUCAGACUUGCAAACGAGAGACUGUCUACAGGAUAUCGACUCCUGGAGGCUCUUUGCAAAUCUCAAUGAGCUCUGUCUGGUUAGCUUUGGCUUCCUUACUAGUUUAUUGCGUGUCAUUAAGGAGAUGUGGACCGACCCAGACAGCUGUAGUACUCAAUCUCUUCAUGACCUUUUCAGAAAGGCGUUCAGUGAAAGUAUUUGCCAUUGUCUCCAGAAAUACUGCCUGAAUUACAGCACAGCCAUCCUUUAUCUGGACAGCCUGAAGCUCAGAGAGGACUUUGGCUCUUUCGUGAAGUGGUGUGAGCGUAAUGAGGAGUGCCGCAGGCUGCAGUUGAAGGAUCUGCUGGUGGUUCCUCUGCAGAGGUUUACACGAUACCCUCUGCUGUUAAAGAACAUUGGGAAGAGGAGCUGCUCGGAGGCCGAGGAAAACACCAUACAGAGCAUCGUGGAUCUGGUGGACAGAGCUAUUUAUGAUCUUGAAGGAAAAGUGAAGUGGUUGGACAACUAUCAGAAGGUGAAGCAGCUGAAAGAAGCUCUAGUGUGGCUUCCUGUUUGGGAGAGCGAUAAGAGGGCACACGUUCCUGAGACCCUGAAGCACCUGCUGAAACCUGUGACACUGGAGAACCUGGUGAUUAACCGCAGCCUGUUGCAUGAUGGGAAGCUUUUUCUCAUGGAAAACACAAAGCAGCAAGAGGUCUAUCUGUUUCUCUUUGACGAAUUCCUUCUAAUUACGAAGAUCAAGAGGAAUAAAAAGCAGAAGUCUAGUGUGGUGGACUUUGCUGCGGGUCAAGAGCUGGAGCUCUUACUGCAGGAGGGCUGCAGCUUCACUGUGCUGGACCAGCCCAUCUCUCUGGACCGCCUGCAGCUCAAGAACAUUGACCAGCUCAACGCUACAGCGUCUGCUCUGCCCAACUCAUUCAUCAUAAUGCAUCAGAAUCGCUACCAGCAGUGUAUCGCCGUCUUCGUUCUACAAGCCCAGAGCGAGUCAACUAAGAAAUCCUGGAUGUCAGAAAUCGAGAAGGCCGUAAGUUCUCUGCUGAAGCAGGACAGUCUUCAUCCACGCAUCAACAACUCUUUUCACUAUACAGAGUCCUCGCAGAUCUGAUUUACACACAGACUUUCAGGAGAAAAUACCCAGAGUGCCAACGGACAUUGCAGUCCACAAAAACACCUCUACCUUUAGCCCAAAAAUCAUUAUUUCCUCACCCUUUCUGAAGUUUACCAGAAUGCCUACACAAUAUAAUGAUCAGAAAUCACCAUCAAAGUAUCAAGUCUAUCUUUAUGACUUCAUAAGGCUGAGUUCUGGACAGCAAUGGUGGAUUGUACUGCAACAUUGUACAAUUUAUUCAGUUCAAUACAGCAGCACAGAGAUCUCCAACAAGAGGAACUACCUUUCAGUUCCCCUUUUCAACGUUUGGAGAACAAUGUUGCAUGUUCCUGUCAUAAAUAAAGAUGAUGAAUUUUGUAUUGUGAGCAAUGUUAAAUGCAGAAAUUGUAAAUUAGCCUUAAUGCUAUGAGUGUGUUUGUUUGUUCACCCU